AUGCCGCCCAGACUCUCAACGCGAGCUAUCUCAACCCCCUUGGCGGGACUUCGUUAUGCCUCUUCCUCAGCCACAUCGAAAUCAGCUUUGUCCGUUCCUAAACCUGGACAAGCUGGACCUUCGAGCUCAAGUGCCCCUGCGUCCAUACCGAGAUCUUCUUCUCCUGUAACUAGCUCAACUACGAACGAUACAAAGGGCAAAGCUAAAACUGGACCUCAGACGAUACCACCUCUUCCGCGACCCUUGGGGAUUACAACCCCUCCCAGCUCGGCGAACAAGACCUGGUCGCAGAGGAAGAAAGAGCUGUUGGAUGAUGACAGACACAAAGCGAAGAGAAAGGCUUUGGUAAAAGAAGCUACUCAAGGCUAUUUUCAUGAUUAUAAUCGAGCCAAAGGCGUUGGUGGGGGAAAGCUAUGGAUAGCACCAAACGUUUUGAUCAGAGAGGAUAAAGCAUUAUAUUUUCCAGAUAUUUCGGGGAAAUCAUUGUUAGGUGAAGAAGUACAUACGACGGAUCUCCUUCGAGGUCAAAUCACAUUAGUCUCUGUGAUCGCUACGAGAUUGUCAGAGGAACAUGAACAAUCAUUCACUCAGCCUGUAUUGGAAGAUUUUGCUGGACAUCCAGAAUUCAAUUUUGUCCAGAUAAAUCACCAAGAAAACAAAUUGAAAUCUUUCCUUGUAUCAUUCUUCAUAUCCUCCUUGAAACGAACAAUAGCAGAAGAUAGAUGGGGCGAUUACUUGAUAUCAAGUGGUGAAUGGUCACCUAUGGAUAUCACAAACCCUUUAGGAAUAGAUAACAAGCUUUUAGGAUAUGUAUACCUCAUCGAUCAGAAUUUGAAAGUCCGCUGGGCAGGUUGUGGGACAGCUAGUCCCGAAGAAUCUCAGGCGCUGAGGCGAGCUACGGCGGUGUUAUUAGGUAGGAUCAAAGGUGGUUCGGAAGUUGAACAAUCAGGGGUAUCUACGGAAUAG